ACUCCACUUGAACGUCUGUCUGACACAGCUCAUCAUUCUCACUCGUGUUUUCGUUAACGCGUCUCCUAAAACUUCUCAAAAUGCCGAUGUUAUGUGGAGGGGCUGGACCACAGCUCGAUGCCGACGAAAAAAUCCAGAAGCUGGUUGAAGGGGUAAAGGGCCAGGUACAGGAUAAGACAGGGAAAGAAUACGACGUUUUCGUAGCCAAGACCUACGUGAAACAGGUCGUGUCUGGAACCAACUACUUCAUCAAGGUCCAUGUUGGAGGAGACGAUCAUGUUCACAUCUGUGUUUACGAGAAACUUCCGUGUCAUGGAGGAGAAAUCUCGGUGGAGAGAUUUCAGGUGUCCAAGAGCCAGCACGAACCAAUCGGGUACUUUUAAAGGGAAGAGCACCUUGACCUACAGACUGCAGUCUCAUUUAUAAACCAGUGCUACACCAGUUAUCACGACCAAUAUUUUAAACAUUGUUACAUGCAGUUCUCUAUCCAUACUGUUUAUGUACUUUAGGUCAUCAUUUUCAAAGUAUGUCAAAAUGGAACUAUUUUCUACUAAAUGAAUGAAUAAAUAAUUUGAUUAA